AUGAAACUGAUACACCAGGAAAUAAAAAUAUUGUAUCAUGCAGUAUUAAAAACGAAGAAGAUCCCAAAUGGAGUGAAUAAAAAUAAAACGAAUCUCUCAAGGGAUUCAAGCAAUCAUCUCUUAACUUCAGAUACCAAUCAAGGAGAUUCAGGAGGAUCAAUAGAUUCGGAAUGUGAAUCAUGUAGUGAAGAAGGUGCCACAUAUAAUGUUCCAGGAGCAAAAGAAACUCAAAGUACACCAGAGACACCUUUUAAUAUUAGAGCAUACAUUUUUAGGAUCUCAUUAAAUGGGAUGAACCGACUAAAUAACAAUUUCAUGUUUUUUGGAACAUAUAAGGAAAAAAUUAUAAAUAUAUCUAAUGUAAUCCAUGAUAUAUAUAAUACAACUUUAUCUAAUAUAAAAAAUGGUUUCGAUAAAUAUAUUAAUUUUUUUAAUGAUAUUAUUGAUAAUAUAAGUAGCGGUUUUAAAAAAGUAGAAACAUAUGCUAUUUCGGGGAUAAAAAAUAUGGAUUAA